AGGGGGAGAGAGUGAGAGAGGGAGAGAGAGAAGGGGGGAGAGAGAGAGAGGGAGGGACUUCGGCUGCAGGACAAUGCUGGUGUUUGUGCAGUGGCCCCUGAGUGGCGGCUGCUUUCUCACAUCGCUCUCGCUUGACUACCAGUUGCUGAGCUGAAAGCAAAGCGGACAUCUUCAUCCUGAUGAAGUGACGGAGGAAAGACAGAGAGGGGGACGUCUGAAGUCGUGGCCAGCUUUUCUGCACCUCAAACCAAAUUCAGCAUCCAGCUGUGGAGCAGCAUAGAGGAGGGCGUCCACCCAGACUGCAUUUCUCAGCUGAAGAAAUCAGCAGGUGAGAGCUGCAGAAACACCUGGAGGGCGGCAGGUGGAGCGUUGGAGCUGGGCAAAGAGCCCCGAAACCACCAACAUGGGAGACAAGAAGGUCAGUCUCCCUGCUAAGCUGAUUAACGGGGGCGUGGCGGGCCUGGUUGGUGUCACAUGUGUGUUUCCUAUCGACCUGGCGAAGACCCGCCUACAGAACCAGCAGGGCGUCCAGGUCUACAAGGGAAUGUUUGACUGUCUGACAAAGACGGUGCGAGCCGAGGGCUAUUUCGGAUGCUACCGAGGAGCUGCUGUGAACCUCACGCUAGUUACGCCAGAAAAAGCCAUCAAACUGGCCGCCAACGACGUCUUCAGACAAAAGCUCUCAAAGGACGGGCAUUUGCCCCUGUGGGGGGAGGUCCUGGCGGGGUGCGGGGCAGGGACCUGCCAGGUGGUCGUCACCACUCCCAUGGAGAUGCUCAAGAUCCAGCUGCAGGACGCAGGGCGGCUGGGUGAGGCCUUCAGGAUUUUCCCAGAAUCGGAGCCCAGGAGUCCCUCGGCGACCGGCAUCACGGCGCACCUGCUGAAGACCCGAGGCCUGGCCGGCCUCUACCGGGGCGCCGGCGCGACCUUGAUGAGGGAUGUGCCCUUCUCUAUGAUCUACUUCCCCCUGUUCGCCAACCUCAACGCUCUGGGCCGGGAGAGCGCAGGGGGCCAGGAUGUUCAGGCCCAGGCGCCGUUCUGGCAGUCCUUCGUGGCCGGCUGCUCCGCCGGCUCGGUGGCAGCAGUGGCCGUCACGCCGCUGGACGUGAUAAAGACGCGUCUGCAGACCCUGCAGAAAGGCGAAGGGGAAGAUUCGUACAGAGGAAUUGUUGAUUGCACAAGACGCAUCAUGAGGCGGGAAGGGCCGUCGGCGUUCCUGAAGGGCGCGGCAUGCCGGGCUCUAGUCAUCGCUCCCCUCUUCGGCAUCGCGCAGGGCGUCUACUUCCUCGGGGUCGGGGAGGCGGUUCUGGGUUUACUGGGAUAACAGCGACUGGCGGCGGUGAGGGAGAACACACAGAAGGAGGGUCCCAGCCUCAUUCUCCAGAAAAAUGGAGUUUCUCUGGUUUCACCGCCUGGCAGCGAGGCUCUGAUGGGUAAACAAGGUCCGGAGUAACUAACCCGAGUCCAGGUGUUCCCCUCACCUGAGGGAGGGAGGGAGGUUUCUCCCGCUGGCUGUAAAGAAAGAACUGCUGGAUAUUUUUACAGCUGCUAAACUAAAAUGCCUGACAGUGAGAGCGUUUGAAUUUCAGGAAGUGACCCAUUUACUUCAUAUCUGAAACGACCCGAUGCUUAAAGCAGCAGCUCCGUUACGCAUUCCUCCCACUCCUUCCUGUAGGUCACAGUAAUAAUCUGGUCUUCUGCUGGACUGGGAGCCAAUCUCUAUAAGGUCAUCUGUUAAUCUGAUGGUAAUCCCUUUAAUCCCUGUAAUGGCGUACGCUUCAAUUUGCAACACAGCUCAUUUCCUGUUAAAAGGCCACAGGUUAGACUGCAGGACAACACGCCGCCUUCCCGGGUUUAAAUAAGAACAAUCAUGAUAAAGUUCCUCCUUAUUUAUGGUUUGCUUCAAAUAAUGUGCGCACAACAACGAAGGACAAUGCAAUCAACGCCUUAUCAAUGCUGGUAGUUUUAAACUUUAUAACAUGUUAAAGGAUUUUGUUUUUAAAGUGGGAUUCUGUAAAGAAGUCAGUAUCUAACCUUAGGACUUUGAAGCUAAAAGCUAAUCUGUGGAGUUACAGGUAAUUUAUGCCAUGAUUCUCUAAACCUUCACUUAGCUCGACAACUGGUGCCAAAAAUUAAUAAAACAAUUCAAACUUUUUUUUUUCUCACCAACAUUAAAUCAGAACCUUUUUUUUGUUUUAGGUCAGUUA